AUGGGUCCAGGAUACUUCUGUCUACCCCUGCUGACCAUUAGUCUGGCUUUCUCAAUUUCUGCUAUUGUGUUACCCUACUGGCCUUGCGGAAGUCUACUGGGCACCUGUCUACCCUCCAUAUCUCACCUCAUAAUGGCUGCACUCUUCUGCUUGGGUUGCCUCAUCCUCGGCCUCGUGCUCCUUGUGGACAUACUCAGUUUCUGCUCCUCGUCGGGAGCCUGUGUGCGUGGUCGCGUCUGUGCUUUCGUCAAGUUCACCUCCCUCGUGGUGGGCAGUGGUUGUCUGGUUGCGGGCAACCUAUUCUACGCCACCUUCUACCUCAAGACCUGGUCCUUCAUGCUCUCCAUGUCGGGCUGUCUGACUGCCGUCUAUGCCAUUCUCUUCUACGUUACUACUCUACGAUUUAUUAAGCGCAAGUGA